GCGGUGAUUGGCAGCGACCCGGAGGGUAGCGGGUUAAGGUGUGAGCCUUGAGGAGGCAGCGUUUUCUGGGCUUCUCUCUGCUUCUCUCUCUCCAGAAGGUUCUGCCGGUUGCCCCAGCUCUGGGUACCGGGCUCUGCAUCGCGCCGCCAUGAUGGGCCAUCGUCCGGUGCUCGUGCUCAGCCAGAACACAAAGCGUGAAUCUGGAAGAAAAGUUCAAUCUGGAAACAUCAAUGCCGCUAAGACCAUCGCAGAUAUCAUCCGCACAUGCUUGGGACCCAAGUCCAUGAUGAAGAUGCUUUUGGACCCAAUGGGAGGCAUUGUGAUGACCAAUGACGGCAACGCCAUUCUUCGAGAGAUCCAAGUCCAGCAUCCAGCAGCCAAAUCCAUGAUUGAAAUUAGCCGGACGCAGGAUGAAGAGGUUGGAGACGGGACCACAUCAGUAAUUAUUCUCGCGGGGGAGAUGCUGUCUGUGGCCGAGCACUUCCUGGAGCAGCAGAUGCACCCGACGGUGGUGAUCAGUGCGUACCGCAAGGCCCUGGACGACAUGAUCAGCACCCUUAAGAAGAUCAGUGCCCCCGUGGACACCAGUGACCGAGACGUGAUGCUCAACGUCAUUAGCAGCUCCGUGGCCACCAAAGCCGUCAGCCGGUGGGCCUCGCUGGCCUGCGGCAUUGCCCUCGACGCCGUGCGGACAGUGCAGUUUGAGGAGAACGGUCGCAAGGAGAUCGACAUCAAGAAAUACGCCCGGGUGGAGAAGAUACCAGGGGGCAUCAUCGAAGACUCGUGUGUCCUGCGGGGAGUCAUGAUUAACAAAGACGUGACCCAUCCCCGAAUGCGGCGCUACAUCAAGAACCCACGCAUCGUGCUGCUGGAUUCCUCUCUGGAGUACAAGAAGGGAGAAAGCCAGACGGACAUCGAGAUCACAAGAGAGGAGGACUUCACGCGGAUCCUGCAGAUGGAGGAGGAGUACAUCCAGCAGCUCUGUGAGGACAUCAUCCGUCUGAAGCCUGAUGUGGUCAUCACAGAGAAGGGCAUCUCAGAUUUAGCUCAGCACUACCUCAUGCGGGCCAACAUCACAGCCAUCCGCAGAGUCCGGAAGACAGACAACAACCGCAUCGCCAGAGCCUGCGGGGCCCGGAUAGUCAGCCGGCCGGAAGAGCUGAGAGAAGAAGAUGUUGGGACAGGAGCAGGCGUGUUGGAAAUCAAGAAAAUUGGAGACGAGUACUUCACAUUCAUCACUGACUGCAAGGACCCCAAGGCCUGUACCAUUCUCCUGCGCGGGGCCAGCAAGGAGCUGCUCUCCGAAGUGGAACGCAACCUCCAGGAUGCCAUGCAAGUCUGCCGCAAUGUCCUCCUGGACCCCCAGCUGGUUCCGGGGGGUGGGGCCUCGGAAAUGGCCGUGGCCCACGCCUUGACAGAAAAGUCCAAGGCCAUGACCGGUGUGGAACAGUGGCCAUACAGGGCUGUUGCCCAGGCCUUAGAAGUCAUCCCUCGUACCCUUAUCCAGAACUGUGGGGCCAGCACCAUUCGUCUGCUUACCUCCCUUCGGGCCAAGCACACCCAGGAGAACUGUGAGACAUGGGGUGUAAAUGGUGAGACAGGCACCUUGGUGGACAUGAAGGAACUGGGCAUCUGGGAGCCGUUGGCCGUGAAGCUGCAGACGUACAAGACGGCAGUGGAGACGGCAGUUCUCCUGCUGCGGAUUGAUGACAUCGUCUCGGGCCACAAAAAGAAGGGGGAUGACCAGAGCCGGCAAGGCGGGGCUCCCGAUGCCGGCCAGGAGUGAGUGGCAGGCACCGAGACCUCAAUGCGCAGAGCCGGCGGAGGCUCCCUCUUCCCUCAGCCAGACUGCCAGGGACACUGUGGAUGUCUUUGCUUGGAAGGGAUCGGGUUGAGGGGCAGCCCAGCCCCUUUUCUGUCCCAGUUCAGUUUGCAAAAGGCGCUGACAUGUAAUUCUUCUCUAUUGUAAGCUUUCCAUUUAAUUUAGUUUGCUUCCGAUGAUUAAAUCUAAGUCAUUUGAGACA